AUGCUAAAACAAACAACUCAAUUAAUCGCCAAUUGUGCUCAACGACCUUUCAUUUACGGAAUGAUACAUGUCCCGGCACUGACUGGUUCUCCUUUAAACAAAUAUUCAAUGAAUAAAAUUGUCAAAAUCGUUCAAGAAGAAGCAGAGAUUUAUAAAAAAGCGAAAAUUGAUGGGUUAAUUGUGGAGAAUAUGUGGGAUCUACCAUAUGUGAACAAGGAAAAUUCUGGACCACAUGUAAUUGCUCAAAUGACGAUGGCUUGUCAGGCAGUCAAUGAGGUUCUCGGAAAAGAGAGAGCGACAAUGUCUUUGGGCAUUCAAAUACUCGCUGCUUGCAAUCAAGAAGCGAUCGCUGUUGCUCAAGCUACUGGAUUUGACAUGAUCCGAGUUGAGAGUUUUGUUUUUGCGAGUGUCGCUGAUGAGGGAUGGUCGGAAGCAUGUGCUGGACCUCUUCUUCGAUAUCGAAAAAUGAUUGGCGCCGAUAAUGUCGCCAUUUUCACAGAUAUCAAGAAGAAACACAGUGCACAUGCGAUCACUUCCGAUAUCACAGUUGGUGGGAUGGCUCAAGCAGCUGAGUUUUUCUUAGCUGACGGGGUUAUAGUGACUGGUGAAGCGACGGGGAGUGCUGCUGAGCCAAGAGAUGUUACAGAAGUGAAGGAAAAAAGCCGACUUCCUGUUCUAGUUGGCUCUGGAAUUACAAAGGAAAAUGUGAAUUUGUAUAAAAACUGUGAUGCACUCAUUGUUGGCUCGUAUUUUAAAGAAAAUGGACAAUGGAAGAACAAACUUGACGCAAAUCAAGUCAAUCAAUUCAUGAAUUUUGUUAAUACUUUAAAAAGA